UUGGCAGUGGCUGGUAAUGGCUACGAAUCUUUCGGUCAAACGUCGAUGAGUGCGCGUCAACGUUAGUUGUAAUUCUUUUCCUAUUUGAAAUAAUUUAGGGGAAUGAACGGAGCGUGAUUCAAGGAUGCUCGGUGUAAUCGUUGCCGGCCGAUUGGUCCAAACGGACUUCCAGCAAGUUGGGGAAACGCAAUUCCUUAUUACAGUGCCUGACGCCGAUAACAUUAAUCACAUUGUUUUGUUUCUAACGGGUACUAUUCCAUUUCCUGAUGGAACGGGUGGUGCAGUGUACUUCAGCUGGCCAGAUUCAAGUGCUCCUCCAAACUGGCAGUUCCUGGGGUAUAUUUCUAACGCAAAACCGUCGGCUAUCUUUAAGAUAUCGACGUUAAAGAAGAACCACGAGUUUGAGAACAGCAAUUUAGGCAUCUUUGGAAUCGGGAAGAUUUCACAUGUUGCCCAGAUCGGAGUUUCGGUUGAACCGUUGGCUGUGAUCGAGCAACAAGCUGUCGUAGUGUCUACCGUAGCUGCGAGUUCAUUUCUCGAAUUCGCCCAGAAGAUGCUUACGAGUUUCUUGAAUUACGUUUCGAGCUUCUCCGUAACGCAAGCACAAAUGACGCCUAAUCCAACAGAGAACUUUAUACCCCUCUCAACUGUGCAAAGUUGGUACGAGACGUUUGAAAGACGGUUACAGCAGAAUCCAAAUUUCUGGAAAGCGUGAUGGGUGAGUGAAGAGACUUUAGCUACCAUGGUUAUGCUCUUCACUGUAAUUUCAUCGCUAAGAUUUAUCGGUUUCCAAAAAAUCGCUUGGCAAGUUUCAUCGGGUUGAACGAAACAACUCAUUUUAAGAAAGUGUCUUAUGAUUCUAAUUAAAGAUUUUACGUACUUGCACGGUAACGAUCACAAUAACAUUAAUAACUUGUGUCAGCAGAAUUUGUGACGUGUCAAUAAGACUUGGAAAUGUUUCGUUGAAGUACAAUGCCUACUUUGGUCAUGCAUUUAAGUCCUUCUUUUUUAAUCAAAUAAACACAAUUAAUGUAAGCA